UAGCAGUGUUUAAUGUAAAAUAAAAUCAUUCAAUUAACAACAUUAUUUGAAUCAUAUCAAGUGACUGGUAAUGUUUGGGCAUUUUUUGAACAUGCAGCAGUCAUUUUUUACAUUCAACAGUGAAGAAGAGGUUUUCAAAAGCGACUGAAAUGAACCCUAGAGAAAGACGAGAGCGUCUUCAGGCACUGCAAACAGAAAUGAAUGAAGAGAGAGAAAAAAGGAGGAAAGAGAUGAGAGAACUGAUAAGGGUGGAAAAGGAGAAAGAAGCCGAAAUCCACAACUUACAAAGAACACUUGAAGAGAAAAGAGCUCAACUUCAAAGGCUAAAUGAAGAAACAGAAAGAGCUGAAUCAGAACUGGAGGAGCAAACAGGAGAACAGCAGUUAGCUACGAUCAAAAACACGCUCAGCGGAAUCCUGGACAGGGCCGGAGGUUCUGGGAGCUCCUCCAGAGUUACGGACCCCGUCGAACAGCUGGAAGUGAUUGGGCAAAUGCAUCAAUUUUUUAAAACUGCUGAGACAAAGACCAACAAGAAGAGCAGAGUAAAACCGGCCAGAUGUCAAAAAUAAAAAAACUAAAUAAAAAUCAUCA